GAGGGCAAUACUGUGCCAUUUAGCUACAGGAUACUUUAUGAAGAGAAAUUCAACAAAUUAAUGUAACCGAGGGAGACUGAAAGAUGGAUAAAAGCUUCUGUAGGGUAAUCUUCAGACAGGAAAUCUGAGAUUCAUAACAACUUAUAUUUUGGCUUGUCAUCACUGGUCAUGCGGUGGUCCCGAAAUAAACUCAGCUUGAAAGAGGAGUGUUUCAAAGCUGCACUGUAAUACAUCAAGACGCUCGGGGAAAGAAGAGAGAUGAAAAAUUAGGAUUUUGGGUGGGGAGAGGAGGGGAAAGGAAAGGAAUGAAUAUCUGAAGAUAUAAUCAAGGAAGUCAUUCUUUUGGGGGGCAUUGUUCUCUUGUUUCAAACCUAACAGGCUCCAUCUAGAGAGAUCUGUUUGGAGGACAGAGCAAACAAUAGGAGUUGCGAUGGGGUGAGAGAGCAUUCGUGGACUUGAUUUGAAGCAUCUAUGAAUGGAAGUGGUAAUACCUCCAGUACCUACUUUGUAAGUUGAGACUGGGGGAGGAUGGCCACGGAGAUCACUACACCGAGGACCCAGAGAACUAUUGGACAUGAAGAGUACAGUCUGUAUAGCAGUAUGAGUGAGGAUGAGCUUAUCCAAAUGGCCAUCGAGCAGAGCCUGACUGACGGCUCCCCUGGGCAACCAGCUGUCCCAGGCUGUCAGAAAGCUCAGACAGCAGCGAGAGAAACAGCUGCAGCCAAUCGCUCCAACAGGCCACCUGCCCAUUUUUACCCAUGGACCAGGUCUGCAGCUCCUUCGGGGACCCAGCCUCCGCCUCCCAAUGUGGGCUUGUUUCAAGGGGUCAGGCAAAGAUACAACGGCAGCCUGUUCAAGACCCCCCAGCCUGUAGUCAUAGAUCCUGUGGUGAAGGCCAUUAAGGAUGGUGAUGAAAAUGCCUUAACUUCCAUGAUCCAGUCAGGCAAAAACCUCUCGGAACCCAACAAGGAUGGAUGGCUUCCUCUGCAUGAAGCUGCCUAUUAUGGCCAGUUGGGUUGUCUGAAAAUAUUACAGAAAACAUAUCCUGCUGUUAUUGAUCAACGCACCCUUCAGGAGGAAACAGCCCUUUAUAUAGCAACUUGUAGAGGAAACCUAGAUUGCUUACUGACCCUUUUACAAUGCGGAGCUGAACCGGAUAUUUCUAACAAGUCUCGAGAGACCCCACUUUAUAAAGCUUGUGAGCGGAAGAAUGUGGAAGCUGUUAGGAUGCUUGUGCAAUAUAAUGCCGAUACCAACCAUCGAUGCAACCGGGGAUGGACUGCUCUUCAUGAAUCCGUGGCCAGGAACGACUUGGAAGUCAUGGAAAUUCUGGUGAGCGGAGGUGCCAAGGUGGAAUCCAAGAAUGCAUACGGCAUUACCCCUUUAUUUGUGGCUGCCCAGAGUGGACAGCUGGAGGCCCUGAGAUUUCUGGCCAAGCAUGGUGCGGACAUUAACACUCAGGCCAGCGACAGUGCCUCAGCCCUCUACGAAGCUUGUAAAAAUGAACAUGAAGAUGUGGUGGAGUUCCUCUUGUCUCAGGGAGCAGAUGCCAAUAAAUCCAAUAAGGAUGGGUUGUUACCUCUUCAUAUUGCUUCCAAACGAGGCAAUUACAAGAUUGUUCAGAUGCUGCUCCCUGUGACAAGCCGUACACGUGUCAAGCGCAGUGGUAUAAGCCCCCUUCACCUGGCUGCUGAGAGGAAUAAUGAUGACGUGCUGGAGGGACUCUUAGACGCUGGCUACGAUGUCAAUGCUACCCUUUCCCCUGAGCGGUCCCGGCUGUAUGAGGACAGGCGGAGCACUCCCCUGUACUUCGCUGUUAUCAAUAAUAACAUUUAUGCUACUGAAAUGCUUCUACAUGCUGGAGCAAGCCCCAAUCUGGACAUCAUCAACCCUCUGCUCAUCUCCAUUCGCCACGGCUGCCUCAAGACCAUGGAGCUCCUGCUGGACCACGGUGCCAACAUUGAUGCCUACAUCUCCAGCCACCCGACCACCUUCCCAGCCACCAUCAUGUUCUCCAUGAAGUGUCUUUCCCUUCUGAAAUUCCUCAUGGACCUAGGGUGUAAUGGAGACUCCUGCUUUACCUGUCAGUAUGGGAAUGGCCCCCACCCAGUCACACAGUCAACUUCAACCAGGUUCAAUGAGAUGCCCUUGGACAAAUCACCCACUGUUGUCCAGUUCUGUGAAAUCAUCUCUGCCCCCGAGGUCAGUCGCUGGGCGGGACCCAUCAUUGAUGUUCUCCUGGAUUACGUUGGGAAUGUGCAGCUGUGUGCUAGGCUGAAGGAGCACAUCGAGAGCUACGAAGACUGGGCUGUCAUCAAAGAAAAAGCAGAGCCGCCAAGGCCCCUGGCUCACCUCUGCCGUCUGAGAGUUCGAAAGGCCAUUGGGAAAUACCGCAUCAAACUCAUAGACACUUUGCCACUCCCUGGCCGGUUGAUCAGAUAUCUGCAGUAUGACAAUUCUCAGUAAUCUGCCAUGCAUUGGAGGAAGACGAGUUUCCUCCUGAGAUUUUACACAGCAGUGAUUAAGUACCAGGAUGAUGAAGGCUUCCAGUGAUGAUGGCCAACUGACAGGACUGCCCUCAGGCUCACAAGGUUCACAGCUACAGCAUCACUGUGGCCCGCCCAUGGACUCUGUCCUUGGUGGGGCUGCAGUGUAAGAGCAAAGCUAGGUGGGCUGGGGGAGGAGGGGAGGGAGCAAGAGGGACUUACACAAAUGCUGCCAUGACCAGACUAGAAGAUAGGUUUACCGACUUAUCACUAAUUCCAGACUUUGUUGGCAUAAGGGGAAACUGUUAUAAAAGAAAACCUAUCAACUUUAUAGAGUUUACAGGCCUUUGAAGUGCAGUCAAAAUGAAAGGAAUCUCAAGAAGUCCAGGAAAUACAGAAAAACAAAAGCAAAAUUUGCCUGGUAUGCCGUGAUAUAGUUGUGAAUAGAAUAGAAUAACCCGUUAACCUUUCACAGUAUUUCAGCAGAUUUCCUUAGAUUAACUUGGGUUCAUUUCUUUGUUAAAUUUUUACUUCAUGAAUCAUGAAAUCUCAGAGUAGAAAGGGACUUCAUUAAGGUGUCUGGUCUAACCUUAUGUUCUAUGUAGCAAUUCUUUCUGCAAUGUCCCUGAGAGUGUGAGCAAAUAAUUUCCUGCUCUGGGUAUCAGUAAGUCCCUUUGAAAAAUCAGGGGUUGGUCUUAAUGCUCUGAGUGAUUCCUUCCAACUUUUGCAACAUAUGCUUCUUUUAAAUCGGGCACAUUUUUCUCCAAUCCAAACUGGAUGAUCACUUCUACUUUCAUUUUGAGCACCACCUAGUGGCUCCUUGUUAUGGUGCGGUGAUGUCUCUGGACUUAAAGAUCCAAGAGCAUUUUAAAAGAUAAAUCCCUGACAAGACUUAAUCCUUCCAUCUCAUAUCCUGUGCCUCCUGUUUUCUACCUUUUCUGAACUCAAUUGUUUUUCUUUCUCAGUUUUCUUUUCAACAUACUGUGUUUGAGGAUUGGGGACUGUAAUAAGAUUUUUGUCUCAAAGUUUUGAUAAAUACAAUGGAUGUCUCCUACAUGAGACCUGACAGUUGUUAGCGUUCCCUUCCCUCCAUCCGUGCUACACUGGCCACACUUUAUUUUGUAUAUAUAUAUAUAUUUUUUAUUGAUGUUGUUCUUCACUGUCCCUUCCAAAUGCUUCACUCCUCUUACCCUACAGAACCUUUCUUUGAAUAAAAAAAAAUUAGUUACUAGAUGCUAGAAUCAAACUUCUGGGUCAGAAUGGAGCCUGAUCAUUGGAGUCAGGGUUUACUGCAGGAAACAUUCUGGUCACUGAUUUUUGUUCCGAAGAGAACUAAGGACACACAACAAACCAUCACAAAAGCAACUCUGGCCGUAUGAGUAACAUCCAUUUGCCGUUCCUCACACAGAAAUCUAUCCUUUUGAUUUGUUUCCCAUAAUCUAUAGACCGGGGGAAUAUGUCAAUUCAUUAUAGACAUGAUGAGGAUCAGAUUGCAUACCGAGGUCACCUUUGGGAGUCAUCUUAUUCAUAGAGAUACAUAAGUCUUCAUUCCCACAGAUCUGCUUUUCUAUAGGAGUCAAGACACUGGAAAAAAAAGAAAGCUUACACUUAACACUUAGUGUAUGUUAUAAGCAAAAGUACUGUGAUGAUGACAGGGCUUUCCUGGAGCUCUAACAAUGAUAAUAAUGCUUUAAGGUUUACAAAAUGUUUUCUAUAUGUUAACUCAUUUGAACUUCACAGCACUUCUGUGAAGUAAUUACUAUGAUUACCCCUUUUACAAAUGGGGGAAAAACCGACUGGGGGAAGUUAAGUAACUUGCCCAGCUUUUAAGCAUCUGAGAUUGAAUCCUAACUCCCUUCUUUCUCACUCCAAUGCCAGCACUUUAUCUAUUAUGUCCCCUAGCUUCCUGAUCUCACACAACACAUAUACUGGUUGGUGAGACACCCAUGUCCAUUGCAGUUACGUGUCCUUAUCAGCCCUACCUUUGCUCAUUCCCACAAAGAAUGGAUGAGCUCCACUCCCUAGUGCUAUUUGCUCUGUUUUGUCCUAAAAUUGCUUGUAUUUGCAUAGAUUUUAUGUAAUAACACCAUAGAGGUAAGUUCUUGUUUUAUUUGUAUGAGACUCUUCCAAGUUGUCAGACGAAAGGAAACAAGGACAUUAACGGUUAUGAGGGGCAGUGGGAUACUGCAGAAAGGGCACUUGCUUAGAUAUCAAGAAGUUCAAGGUUUUGGAACUUCUCACUAGCAAUACUCACUUGCCCUCAGUCUAAUCCCUUCUUUCCUUUAGACCUCUUGUUUCCUUAACAGUAAAAUGAAAGAGAUGUUCUACCUCUAAGAUCUCUUAUAUCUCUGAUAUAUUAGCAGUCUCUGAAAUGUAGUGUGUCUGUGAAGAGAAACACUGAGUCUGUGAUAGGUUAAUAAUGCUUGCUAUUAAAACAUAAACUAAAUGCAUGUAUAAAGUAUUUGUUUUGAAACUUUUAGUGGCAAGGGACGUUAGAAUCAUGUAGCCCAGUUCCCUUAUUUUCAGAUAAGGAAACUGAGACCUUAGAGAGGGUGAUUUGCCAGAAGUCCCAUAAAGAGUUGGAGUAGAAAGUGCAGUCUAAGUAAUAGAGAUUUAAAAAUUAACUCCUAAACCAACAUUUUCCAAAUGAUGAAAUUUAAUUUUUAGGAUUCCAUUACACUUAUCAGUUGUCCAAUGGGUGUCAGAAGCUUGUAGAUGAGAAAACAUUGCCUAUAAAACAUACUUCACUAAAACUGUAUCUUAAAGAAAUUAACUUCCCUCCUUGCUAUACAGAAAACAUUAUCAACAACAAUUAGGAAAGUAAACAGUUCUGAUCCCAGAACUUAGGAAAGGGAUAGCUCAAGAAUUGUCUUAUGGGAUAUAUUGGUGAGCAGAGAGAGAGAAGGAAGACUUUGUUGAAUCAUGCAUACACUUAGAACUAUGGAGUUUUUCAGAAUAGACACUUUUUGUAGUAUCUUCAUUUUAAAUCUUUA